AACGUGGCAGGAGAGCUGUUUGCGAUGCCCUGGAAAGAAAAAGAAAGCCGGUUCCAACAGCGACUCUGGGGAAUGCACUCUCGGCCCCCCUGCCAUGCUUACUUAAGCUAAUGGAAGGUCUUGCCUUUCAGCAGCCGCUGCACUGGGAUACCAGACAAACAACUCCCCUCGAUCCCAGGCAGGCAGGGCCCCUCUUCAGGACAUCAUUAAAAGCACAUGCACUUGCUCCACAUCCAUUGGCAGAUGGUGGCAAGAUUCAAGACUCCUACCCUGAAGUCAAGGAGAAGCCAUCGCGCUGGAAAACAUCCUCGCUUUGAAAAUCCAAAACGAAAUUAAAGAACUACAUGAGAUAAGGAGCCUAGAGAACAUUAGUUGGCUGCAGGGGUGAGGAGAGACACAAAAAGCACAGCAGGUAAGAGCUGGGGGUUGUUGCCAAGAAGGAACUGUCCCGGGUGGCGCAGAGAAAAGGAUCUGAGAACUGGAGGCCUGUCCCUUUGAGUCUUCCAUGCGUGCUCAAGCUUGUCAUCUUCCAUAAGCUUCCAGAGGAGGGAUGUUGUCAGAGCAUUCCUUAUCGCUGCAACUAAUCCUGUUAUCAGCUUGGUUAUAAAUAGUUAAUGUUCCCUGGCCUUCGGUGAUGGUGCCCCAUCAGAUUCGAGGCUGUUAAGAAUCCCCACCAGCAGCCUCGCCCCUCCCUGAGGAAAACCGAUGAGAGGCAGGGCCAAGCCGAAGCGAUGGCGUCCUAUCCGGAGAGCUGCGUGGACGCCACAGUGCUGGGCUUCGUUGCAGACCUGUCCCUGUCCUCCCCGAGACGCCCUCUCUGCGACUUCGCACCCGGGGUCUCCUUCAGGGACCCAGCCCUUGCGCUCCGAGAGGGAAGACCCAGGAGGAUGGCGCGGUUUGAGGAGCGGGGCCCAGAAGAAGAGGAGUGCGAAGUGGACCAGGGGGACGGGGAAGAGGAGGAGGAAGAGGAGCGCGGCAGAGGCGCCUCCCUGUUAGGCCGCCCCAAGAGGAAAAGGGUGAUCACCUACGCCCAGCGCCAGGCCGCCAACAUCCGCGAGAGGAAGCGGAUGUUCAACCUCAACGAGGCCUUUGACCAGCUGCGGAGGAAGGUGCCCACGUUUGCUUAUGAGAAAAGGCUGUCCCGGAUCGAGACCCUCCGCCUGGCCAUCGUCUACAUCUCCUUCAUGACCGAGCUCUUGGAGAGCUGCGAGAAGAAGGAAAGCGGCUGAGCCGGGUGGGGAGAGUCUGCGCCUUCCUCGUCUGGGCGCGCUCGGGCUGGGGUGUGUCAGGACCGGGCACAGGGUGCGGCCGGAGGGUAAGGAGGACGCCCAAGACAGAACGUCUGGCCUUCUGGAGCUCGGGUUAGGGAUUGUAAGAUCUCCAAGACCCCCGAGCAGAGUGGCUGCUGUAGAGUUCUUACCUACGCGACCGCGCGCCCUAAGUGAAGUCGGGGUCAGGGGCGAGCCGGGAAGUCAGAGCUCGUUAGGAUGAGGGGCCGUCCAGGCUGCUUCUGUGGGUUGGUUGGGUGGGAAGCAAACCCUCCUCGGAAAUGGCAGACUUUGGAGCGUCUAUAGAAUCUAAUCUCUCCUCUUUACCUUUUUUUUUUUUUUUUUCAUAGAGAUAAUAAAGUAGAAAUUCUUACUUUUUAAAAAGCCUCAAGAGUUGGUGCCACGCCAUCCCCGGCAGGCGCUCCAUCGGACGCCUGCGUGGAGGAUCUGGAGCAGACGCCGCGAGGGGCUCAGGAUCGUCUCUCUGGUCCUCCAAGGCUUGUCCAGGAACUGAGAGAAGGGAAAAUGGAAGGCAGAGCAGUCGAGGGGAACUGCUGACAAAGUACGACCUCUGAGAAGGGACAACCUUCCUGUGUUCCUUUGCCUCUUCCUCCCCUACCUUUCUCUCUCCAGUGCGCCAGCCCUCUCUUUCUUUCUCUCUCUCUCUCUUUCUCUCUCCACCUAGUCGAUCCCAGAGGGACCAUAGCUCCUUGUCCCAGGGCCACAGUGGUGUUCAGUCAGUCUUAGCCAGCGUGCCAAUCUACGCUUUGCAUCUUAAGUGCAGCAUAAGCUUCCCGUUCCAGUGCCUUCAGGCCACAGCCAGAGUAAGGGACGAGUGCACUUGGGUCACUUCGGGGCCUGCAGUGGGCCUCGGGCGCCCUGCGGCUUAGCCAAAAGCCGGGGCUACCAACUCUACCCAGGCCAGGGGUUGAGGGUGUGAAGAGGCCUGGAUCUUUCUAGGAGCAGUGCCGCCUGAGCGCGCACUUUUACAUUUUUAGCACUAGGGAGGAAAGAUGUCUUUCACUCUUAUGACUUCUAGACACUACCAGGAGAGACAAAAAGUCCAAAGAGGAGAUGCGUUCGGACGCCUUGCAAAACGCCUGCCACGCAGAUGAAGUUGAAGCGGGUCCAUGCUGAGAGGCCGCCUCCACUUUGGACCCCAUGCUAUUCAAGGAAUCUUCCUUCUAGGUGACCUGCCAGAACUGGGGUCUUUUAGAAAGGAGGGAGUACCUGAGGAGAGGAACCCGAUUGAAUAAUGCCCACCUAAACAUAAAUUUAGUAAUCCUAAAGAAUGAUCCCCAGUGAUUAUUCCAACACUUUAUUUCACCCCUCUUUAUGCACAGGAAUAGGCGGGUGCCUGUGAGAACACCUAAUUCACUUAAUCACGCUUUCAGAAAUAGAAUUCAUUUCAUUAAUAGGUAACAUAUACUUCUAGAAAGUUUGGAAAACAAAAGUUCAAAAAAGAAAAAAAUCGAAUCACUCCACAUUACCGUAUUGUUAGCAUUUUCAUCUAUUUGUUUCCAGUCUUUCCCCCUGGCCCCGUGCAGUUAUAAAUUCAAUAUAUUUAACCAAUUCAAGAUACUUUGGGAUACUGAUAUUUUUUCACUUGACAUUCUAGAAGGUGCAAUGUUUUCCCUCAACUUUAAAUAUUAUUCAAAUGUGAUUUUGAUUACAUCUAAUCGUCAUAUCCAUGUAUCACAACAUCAGCCCUUUACAGAUAGCUAUCUCCUUUAAAAAAAAAUAAAUGAUGCUGCUAAGAGCAUUCUUGUAAAUGUCUUCUCUGUCUAUUAUUAUUUCCUAAU